CAAAACAAGAUGGUGUUUAAAUCAAACCAUAAUCACACCAUCGACCUCCCCAUUAAUGACAUUAGCGCUGUGCUUUUCCAGCAAGAUGCUUAUUUGGCAUUAUAUUUCGAAGGCCACAGCUGUGAGCUUUUAUUCUGAGUGUUAAUAUGAGAUGUUUAAGGUGACCAUGUUAAUACAAAUGCUCAUAUUACGCAUGUAAUUACCUGUGUGCUGUCACUGUACCAACCUCGCUACACAACUGAUACAGGCUAAUUCAUUGAUAACAUGACUUCUUCAAACUAUUAUCACAAAGAAAAGCAAAUGAUUUGCUCUCAAUUUCCACUAAACUCUCAUUCACUCGGAGGUGAAUGUUUCUCCCUCCCCUUUUUGGAGUGACAGGCGGAUGGAGCUUCAUCUGAGCGAAUCACAAAGUGCUGGAAUCUACUGCCUUUGUCUGAUACACUCACCCGUAGUGGCGAAAGGGGGUCCGCGUGAAGGAGGGGGCUGGAGCUUUUACAAACCAACACAACCGACCCAAGUCCUUCAGUCCCGGGCCGUGUGCGCAUGCAAACGCAUCGCGUUGUUAUUGAGGGAAAGGUGGGCGCAGGAAACCCGCAGUCUCCGAUGGUUCUGCUGUCUGUCAUCCAUGCGCAGAACCGAAACACAGCAGCCCAGCACCUGCUAACCGAGACCACCGGGAUAUAAGAGAUACUAACACGCGGAUGGAUGGGACGAACGCUGGGAAAUGAGUUCUGGGGAAAGCAUGCAUGCUGAAAACAUUUAAACAUUUCCUGCUGACCUCGAAUAUACGGUCAUGUCUGACACCUGACAAAUCCUGCGUCCAUUUGCAACUUUCCGAAGUUCCCCGCUCCUCGGCUGGAUUCACGUUACAUCUUCGUUUCUUUCAGUUGUUCUGAGUGUAAGAAAGACGAGACGGCGACUUCAGUUGACUAUCUGUCUUUUCUCGGUUAUCCGAUGGAUAUUCACUGUAAGGCAGACCCCUUCUCCGCCAUGCACCGGCACGGGGGAGUGAACCAGCUGGGCGGGGUGUUCGUGAACGGAAGGCCUUUACCUGACGUUGUGCGCCAGAGAAUCGUGGAGCUCGCGCAUCAAGGGGUCAGACCCUGUGACAUCUCGAGACAGCUGAGGGUCAGUCACGGCUGCGUCAGCAAGAUCUUGGGCAGAUAUUACGAGACUGGCAGCAUAAAGCCUGGAGUCAUCGGAGGAUCCAAACCCAAAGUCGCCACGCCGAAGGUGGUGGAUAAAAUAGCGGACUAUAAAAGACAGAAUCCCACCAUGUUCGCCUGGGAGAUCCGGGACAGGCUGCUGGCGGAGGGGAUCUGUGAUAAUGACACCGUCCCCAGCGUCUCCUCCAUAAACAGGAUCAUUCGGACGAAGGUUCAGCAACCGUUUCACCCCUCGCCAGAUGGGACAUCUCUUUCCACCCCAGGACACACUAUAGUCCCCAGUACAGCAUCUCCUCCUGUCUCCAGUUCUUCCAACGACCCCGUGGGCUCCUACUCCAUCAACGGCAUUCUGGGAAUCCCUCGCUCCAAUGGAGAAAAGAGGAAAAGAGAUGCUGAUGGUUCUGAGGGUUCAGCGCAGAGCAGUGAUUCUCAGGGCAGCGUGGAGAGCCUGAGGAAACAUCUGCGAGCCGAUGCCUUCACACAGCAGCAGUUAGAGGCCCUGGACCGAGUGUUCGAGAGGCCGGCAUUCCCCGACGUCUUUCCCACUUCUGAACACGUCAAACCGGAGCAGGCGAGUGAGUACAGCCUCCCUGCAUUAAACGCAGGCCUGGACGAAGUCAAACCCAGUUUAUCCUCCAGCACGACCUCUGACCUGGGUGCCAGCGUGUCGCAGAGCUACCCUGUAGGUCGGGAUAUGGCCAACACAACCUUACCUGGAUAUCCACCUCACGUCCCACCCACCGGGCAGGGCAGCUACCCCACGUCCACACUGGCUGGAAUGGUUCCUGGGAGUGAAUUUUCAGGGAAUCCCUACAGCCAUCCACAAUACACAACCUACAAUGAAGCCUGGAGAUUCAGCAACCCAGCAAUACUGAGUUCCCCCUAUUAUUAUAGUGCAUCCAGAGGCUCCGCCCCCCCAACUGCUGCCGCUGCAUAUGACCGCCACUAGUUACCACGGAAACCAAAUUAGGCGGCACGCCCAUGGACUCGGACUUCAUAUUCUGCCAGUGUGAGCAGUGGAGCUGAUUGGACAGAGUGGUUUCAUGCGGUCACAUGAUGAAGAACAGACCAAUCAGGAACAAAAACAUCUCAACGACAAUUCAGCCAUUCACACACGUGACGAGGGAAAACUCUUAAAAAAUGAACAAUAAAUGUAUAUCUCACGGACUGAGGGUAAAUAUGAUUUUUAAAACGUACAAUGGAAUUAACAUCUGCUUUUGUAACACUUUUAUAUUUUGUCCUCUCAUUUAUAUUCAUAGGCAUUCAUACUUAAAGUGGUUCUUUUUGUUAGUUUGGAUAGACACUGAAAUGAACAAUAUCGCCGUAUUACAAACGUAAAGUCUUGUUCAUUUGUAAAAGCAUUUCAGAUGCUGUCAGUGUGCUGAUAAUGUACUUUUCAGUGUCUAUCCAAAUGUAAAAAAAAUGUCUAUGUACCUACACUUCAUUUACGAAUACCUACAAUACGAACACAUCUGGAGAGUCUCUGACAAGGAAAACCUUUCCAACGCAUGGUAGCAGAUUCUCCUAACAGGUUUCUCUCUCGGUGUGUGUCUGUGGACUUCGCAAAAACGAACAGUAAAACUCACACGGACUCCACUCCCUAUUACUCAAUACAGUGUGUACUCAAACUCAGCAUGGAAAUAAAAGCAGACCUACUCCUCCCUCUCAACGCCAGCAGAAGAUUGCUAGCACACUUCUGUGAGAAACAAUCAGAUACAAACUUGAAAGAGAAGAAGCGAGGAGACAAAUAUUUCAUCAAACAGAGAAAACUGACCUGCUGUCAAUCCUGGUACUACUGAGACCAGAUUUGAUUAUAAGUGGAAAUACUCGAAGAUGCAUUUUUUGUAUGUCGUUUUUAUAAUGACAAGGACACUACAGUAUGCAUGGAUUAUUUUCAUUCAUUAUGCAUUUUUUAAUGUUUAUCAUAGAUCAAAUUAUGUAUCAAAUUCUCAGGAGGGAGUUGAAUCGCGACCACUUAUAUGAUAGUUUUACACCUGAUUCACUAAGGCCACGUACACACUGCGGUUGUCAGUUCACCUUUUAGUGCUUAAUCCUGUUCUGUACACACACUUCAGUAAAAUACAGGAGUGACAAACGCAUUCUACAGCCGAAUUAACUCCCGAAAAAUACAACUGCAUUUACUGAAAUUCUAUGCAGUGUUCACUGCUAGUUGUUAAUGACAUUUUUUAACAUGCAUCAGAGAUGUCUCUAUGGAUAUGUUCACACUGUGAGCCUUAGAUCAGAUUUUUUUGUAUAGCUGUAUUGUGGCCAAUAUCAGAUUUCCAAUGUGAACAGAUCAUGGUUCUGAACUGAUCUGCAUGCGCAAAAGAACGAUACAAACGCGGUUGCCAGGUUUUUACCACACAAUCCACUCAAUUGCUUCUCAAAACUAGUCCAAAACUAGCCCAAUCGCUUUUCGCGGAGUUAAAUACCGCAUUAGUGCGAUCGCUUCAGUCCAUGGAGUUGCAAAACAAUCAGCGGCAACAGUGAAAAAGUAACCCAAUUGUGCGGGAAAAUUGUGGACUUGGCAACACACACAGCGUGCUGUCAUACUGAAGUAAACACAGAGGGCCAGUGUUGCCAAGUCUGCGGUUUUCGCGCAGAAUUGGGCUACUUUUACACUGUUGCCACGGGUUGUUUUUCAUGUCCGCGGGUUGAAUCGACCCAAAAUAACAUAAUAUUUAUCCCCUGGAAACGCAAAUUUUACCCUCCGGUAAGUAAUUUUUACCGUGGGACCCCCCUGAAAUGUGAUUGGACUAGUUUUGAGGGGCAAUUGUGUGGGUUUUGUUUUGAAAACCAGGCAACCCUGUGGAGGGCAUUAAAGUAAGUGAUUACGCGUUUAUUUAUAGUGUGAUCUGCCAUGGAAGCCAGCGAAAUUACGCGCAGGCAUUCGGCAUAACACAAAUGCUUUAUGCUGAAAAUAAGACCAAAUUAUCACGACUCAUUUCUGUUCACUUUAAUAACUACAUAAACCCAAUCGCUUUAUGAGCGAGCUUAAACAACAAGCCCAAAAACACUUAUAAUGUUUGAUCAUGACGCUCAAGCAUAAACAGUGUUUAACAUUUAGUUAAAUUGCUGAAAAUAAGGAGUGUUUUGUCACUGUAAUAUCACUUUGGUCACAAUAACGGAUUCCAAACACGCCAGACGGCAGAACGUCGCUAUGGUUUCCAAGCUGUCAAUCAUCGCAGUUUUGAGAGCGAGUCGUGUUCCGUACACACAUGUAACGAUAAUUUAGGGGAUUCACUCCCGCAUUUAAAUGCGGUUUUCACUCCUGAAACUUACAGUAUGUACAUGGCCUAUAAGAAUCGGGAAACACUGUACUGUAAAACAGUAUUUCAGCACAUUUAGCACCUGGUUUGGAGGUGGUUUGACAGGUGCUGAAAUACAGAUGCAAAAGUGGUUUAGUGAAUUCACCCCUCAGUGUUAUUUUUUGCACUAUGGGUUGUGCUCUUUAUGAGAUGGCUAUGAAUAUCUUCAGUGAACUUACUCACUCUUCAGUCAGAUUGGAUGCUCGGUACGAGUUUUUAAAGCAUUUGAGAAAAAAAACAAACAUGUACUACUGAUCAGAUGAAGCACUUAAACCUCCAAACGUGUUUACAGAAUAGUUAGCAGCUGUUCAAUUAAUCAACAGAUGGGUUGGUCACUGGUUAUCGGCUUUAUGAUUUACUUUUCAGAACUCAAAUACAUUUUGGGAUCGUCAAGCUGUUACAGUUCAAUGCUUUACAACAAGUGCAAUUCAGCAAAACAUUUUUCAUAAUCAUGUACUGUACACUCCAGUUCUGACAAACAACUUUCGUUUUCAUCAAAUACGUUACAGUUGAGAGAAUGUACUUGUAUUACAUUUGCCAAAGACUUUUUGUUGAUGUGUAUUUUUUAUUUACAGUCUGCUGUCGCAUUGUACAAACAGUAUUAUAGUAAAACAUCUUCAAUAUAUGUACAAAUCCUAUGCAGAGCAAAGAAAAAACUGUUGUAUGCAUAAACUAUAAAACUACUGACAUGUUUGUUUUGUUCAUUAUUUAUGUUAUUUUGUGAAAUAAUAAUUUUUAAAAUAAUUUUGUGUGAAAUGUCAUUUCUGUACUGUAAAUACAUUCUGAUCAAAUCUGGUCCGUCUCUCUGGUU